AUGAGGGGAAUUAUUUUUGCACUGGCCUUUGCUCUUGUGGGUAAGUUUUCAAUGCCUCAGUCAACAGAUCCUUCUUUCAGUCAAAGCAAGACGUACGUUUACCAGUACGAAGGGAUUGUUCUGACAGGGCUACCUGAACAUGGCCUGGCUAAGGGAGGCCUGAAGAUAACCAGCAAAGUGCAAAUUAAUUCAGUUGGACUAAAGAGCCAUAUUCUGAAGCUGAUUUCACCUCAAAUUGAAGAGUACAGCGGGGUUUGGCCGAAUGCUCGAUUUAUCCCAGCACGGAAGCUGACUCGGAGGUUGGCCGCACAAUUGAGCAAACCGAUACUGUUUGAAUACAGCCAUGGACGCGUUGGAAAUAUAUAUGCCCAGCCAGAGCUAUCUGAAAACAUCCUCAACAUCUACAGGGGUAUUCUCAACAUGCUUCAGAUCAGCAUUAAAAAGUCACAGAACAUCUAUGAGCUGCAGGAGAGUGGUGUAGAAGGCAUCUGCCAUGCAAGCUAUGCAAUUCAGGAGAACAAGAAAAGUGGAGUAGUCACGAUCACAAAAUCGAAGGACCUGAAUAACUGUCAGGAGAAAAUCUCAGAGACCAAGGGUUCUGCUUAUGCUCAGCUAUGUGAGACCUGCCAACAGAAAGGCAGGAGCCUGCGGAGUGUCUCCACCUACACCUACGCCAUAAAAGGUACCGAAGACGGAGCGGUGAUAAUAGAAGUUGUAAGUAAAGAGACACAUCAGUUCACACCGUUUAAUGAACUUGAUGGUGCUGCCAGCACAGAAUCAAGGCAGCAUCUUGUCUUGCUGGAGAGCAAAAAUCAGUCACCACCCACAUCAACCGAGCACCUGGAGAAGCGGGGCUCUCUGAAAUAUCAGUUUUCCAAUGAACUGCAGCAGUUACCAGUACAGCUUCUCAAGCCUUCCACUAACAAUACCAGUAAGAUUGUUGAAGCACUGGAAAACUUGGCCCAGAUUAACCGAGAGAGAGCUCAUCCUGAUGCCCCGCAGAGGUUCCUGCAACUCAUUCAGCUCCUACGUUCCGCAAGCUUGGGAAGCCUUCAAAGUAUUUGGGGCAAGAGCACAUCCAAACCCCACCAGAGGCGCUGGAUUUUGGACACCUUACCAACUGUUGCGACCCCGGACUCAAUUCAGUUUAUCCAAACGAGGAUUGAGCAGGGAGACCUCUCGCAGUUUGAAGCAACCCAGGCUCUGAUAUUUGUGCUGCACUCCAUCAAAGCCGACUGCCAUGGUGUAGAUAAUGCUACGAUACUUCUGUCCAGCCCUUACAUGCAGAGGAGUCCCAUCUUUCGAAAGGUCACAUUGCUUGCCUAUGGAUCCCUGGUCCAGAAAUACUGUGCGACCCUCCGGGUUUGCCCAGACGAAGCUCUCCGGCCUCUCCAUGAGCUUGUGGUUGAAGCCGGCAGCAAAGGGCAUGAAGAGGAAAUCAUCCUGGGCCUCAAAGCCAUUGGCAACGCGGGACAGCCAGCCAGUCUUAAGCGGAUCCAGAAACUCCUGCCCGGAUUCGGGAAUGUCGCCAGCAGCGUCUCGAGCAGAAUCCAUGCAGAGGCCGUGAUGGCGCUCCGCAACAUCGCUAAGAAGGAGCCGCGCAAGGUUCAAGCCCUCACUCUUCAGUUAUUUAUGAAUAGAAAGGUCCAAGCUGAAGUACGAAUGAAAGCUUUUAUUGUCUUGCUGGAAACCAAACCAUCCUUGGCUUUAAUUGCAACAGUGACUGACACGCUGCUCAGAGAGACCAACUUGCAAUUGGCUAGUUUUGGUUAUUCCUACAUGAAAUCUCUGGCAGGGUCAUCAGUCCUCGAACUUCAGUCACUGGCUGCAAGUUGUAACAUCGCCAUCAAACGUUUGAACCAAAAGUGUGAUUCGCUCAGUUAUCGGUACAGCAAAGGUUUACAUUUUGGAACAUUUAACGAUAAGUUUUUGGCUGGAUUUGAUACCAACAUUUACUUAAUGAAGAAGUCAGAGAGCAUUCUGCCAAAUUCUGCCAUUGCCAACAUCAAAGUUCAAGGGCUGGGAGUUUCCACAGAUUUUCUGGAGAUUGGUAUCCAAGCAGAGGGAGAGUGGAGUUCAGAGAGUAAACUCCUCCUCAAAGCUCUCGCAGAAUGGAAACCAAUACCCACAAAAAAAGCCCUGGCAGUUGCCUACAUCAAGUUGUUUGGUCAAGAACUUGCUUUUGUCGAACUUGACCAGAAUAAUAUACAAGAGGCCAUUAAGGUAUCGACUACGCUUUUGAGGAGAAUGGACAACCUCAUCAAGAAACUGAUAAAUCAACUUCAGCAAGGAAUCACAACACAGUGGACCAAACCGUUGCUGGCAUCUGAGAUCCGGCACAUUGUGCCAACAUCACUUGGAUUGCCAAUGGAACUGACGUUUUACUACACUGUCGUGUCAGCAUUGUCCAUCUCAGACUUCAGGGCUUCAAUUGUACACAAACAUUCACGGCCCUCUGGGAAAGAGGAUUCCAAGUUUCUGCUGCUUAUUGUUUCGGUCAAAGAUGUCAUCGCCAUCAUGGGAAUAAACACCCCUCUGAUUCAAACGGGUGUGGAAAUACAAUUGAAAACAAGCACUUUUGUCCCCGUGAACUUCACUGCGAGAGUAAACUUAAAGAAGAGUAAUAUCAAAAUUGAAACACCCCCAUGGAAACAGGAAGAUGAGCUGUUUUCUGCUAGGUCACAGGCUUUUGCCUUCUCGAGAAAUAUUGAAGACCCAACCUCCGCGAAAAUCACUCCACUGCUAUCGAGCAGGGAGUUCAGAAUGAUGAACAGAGAAUUGUUUAGUAAAAAAUUCAACAGCAGAUCAAGAGAGAGUGAUGUUGAGUCAGGGCACAAGAAAGAACCUACACGACCAGCACAUCAUCUCCCUGACAACAGAGUAAAAUGUAAGGGUGGCAACUGUAACAGAGAACAGCUCCAAAGACCUGCCCACAGGCCCAACAUCAGAAACAGCUCUUUGUCUUCAACUGAGUCCCGUGCCCAAUCCAGCUCCUUUUCAUCCUCGAGUAAGUCAGAGUCAACGUACAAUGCAAGCCCUGAGCGCACAUCAUCAAGCUCCUCAUCAUCAAGUGAGUCAAGCUCCAGCCGGUUGUCUGGCCGGCGCAGUAAACCUUCUAGACGGCAACAAUCCAGCUCUUCAUCAAAAACUAGCAGUUCCAGCAGUUCCAGCAGUUCCAGAAGUUCCAGCAGUUCCAGCAGUUCCAGAAGUUCCAGAAGUUCCAGCAGUUCCAGCAGUACCAUGUCUUGGCAGCAAAAGGCAUGGUCUUCUCCAAAGCAACGCGCUGCCACCAAAAGAUGCAAAAAUGGGUAUUUGGUAAAGUUCCCAGAUUUUACUCAUGCAAGUGAUCUUCAAUUCCAGUCACGAAACAAAGGUCGAUUAAGCUUUGAGUCAUCAUCUAGAUCCAGCUCAGGAUCUACAGCGAGUUUUUCGAGCUCAUCUACUUCAUCAUCUUCAUCUUCAUCUUCAUCUUCAUCGCAGCAGUCUUUGUUCCUUGGAGACUCUGUGCCACCAAUAUUUUCACUGCUAACCCGAGCCAUCAUGAUGGAUGACAAAGAGAAAGGCUAUGAGACAAAGGCCUAUAUGGAUAAUUCAAUGGACCAACGAGCAUUACAACUAUUUGUGGAUGAACUUCAAGAAGGAGGAAGCUGGCGAGCUUGUGUUGAUGCUGAGAUGCCUAACGUGCACAGAGCAUUGCUGCACAGGCAGUCACCACUACUGCUGCUACUGCUUGAGCCUGGGCCUGCUCCUACCACCGUAGCUUGGGCCUUGCCUGCACUUCUGCUGCUGCUGCCUAGGACUGCCACUAAAACAAAAAAGGAGAAUGCAUCAUUGAAAUGGGGCAAAAAUUGCCAAGACUACAGGAUUGCGGCCAAAGCAUCUACAGGCCGUUUUGAACACCAUCCCGCAGUAAUGGUUAAAGCACAAUGGGACAUAAUACCUCAAAGCCUGAAAGAAACCGCAGACAUCCUUGCUGACCAGCUCGCAGGAAUCGCCUUCCUGUUUGGAUUCUCUGAGAGACAUCAAAGGAGUCGCGCUCAUCGGCUUUCGGUGAUUAUGGCAGCAACAUCUCAGCGAACGCUGGAUGUGGUGGUGCGAACUCCAAAGCAUAUCUUCAAUCGCAGAAACCUUCUCAUCCCAGCACCAUUACCUUUCGAUGUGAACUCUCCCUCAGUACAGCAAAGAGGAUUGCUUGUCCUGGCUGAUUUACCAGCUAUGGUUUCACCAACAUCUACAGCUGAAUGCAGGGUCUUGCAAAACCAAUUCACCCCAUUUAACAAGGAAUGUUUUGAGUAUGAAAUGCCUGAAGGCUGUGCUCAUGUAUUGGUCCAAGAUUGUACUCCUGAACUGAAAUUCAUCGUACUGAUAAGACGCAGUGCGGAAUCACUGAUUGUACAGCUGAGUUUACCUUUCAGUCAAAUAGAAAUACAGUCGACAAAAGCAGGAAAGAUCCAACUGUUCAUCAAUGGAACCAAGAUGUUGGUCAAAAGCCUACCACUUCCAGGUUCAAGAUCCUUGGCCAUUGAGAGAAGUGACAAUAAUCUGACCAUCAAAGCACCAGAAGUUGGCCUCAAAAAUCUCUUCUUCGAUGGAAAAGAGAUUAAGGUUUCAGUGAUGCCGUGGAUGGCUGAGAAUACAUGUGGAUUGUGUGGGCAAAGUGAUUCCCUGAGGAGAAAUGAAUAUCAACAACCAAAUAAACGCAGCACCAGAGAAAUUCUGAAAUUCGCACACUCGUGGUUACUGCCAGGGGAAAGCUGUAAAGACGAAACUGGUUGCAAACUGACGAAACAGACUGUGAAGCUGGAGAACUCAGUCAACAUACACGGACAGGAAUCCAAAUGCUACACUGUUGACCCUGUUUUACGGUGCCAGGUUGGAUGCACACCAACUCAGACAGUCCCAGUUGUCUAUGGCUUUCAUUGCCUUCCAGCCGAUUCUCAAGCAAAUCCUAGCGAUGAGUUGCUGGCGUCCACCACUUUUGGUCAGAAAACUGAAGACUUGACAGACACGGUUGAAGCUCACAUCGCCUGUUCAUGUCCUUCCGGCUGCAGUUAA